CUUCACAUACCUACAUACAUAAUUAACCAAUUAUGUAUGUCCUUUUUAUACGUAUGUAUGCAUGUACAACUGUUACCAUGUCAAAAAAAAAAAACAAUACAAAAUACGUAGGUAUUCAAACAUUCCGGUACCUAGUGACCUAUAUUGGUUUGACAAAUCUGAAACUGAGUUAUUAAACACCGCAAAUUCCAUGGAUACGAAUUUCUAUACUCAUUGCAGUCACAGAGCAUACAAGGCUUUUACUACCAAUUCAGGAGCAGGUACUACAUUCUCAAUAACAUGCCGAGGUAGCGCGAUUUAAUUUUCCAAUGUUAAUUCAGGUGAAACGUACACGCUCCUAUGUGGAAGAGGUUUUUCGGCAAAUUGAACUAAAACCGGAUGUAGUGGAUAUUAUAAUCUUAAACAAAAAUGGAAACCCGGUAAAGACAACGAUGGAACAGCAAUCAGCCAUUGAGUUUGCCGGUCUGUACGAGGUGUUGAAGGAAAAAGUGCAAUUAGGCUUACAGAAAAUUGAUCCUGAGAAUGAGCUUUUAAUGCUGCGAGUGCGCACCAAAGCCAAUGAAGUUCUUAUAACACCAGAUGAAAAGAUUACUGUAAUGGUUGUGCAAAAUGCGCAAGACCGAAUACAAUUAUGA